GCGUGCUCGGGCACAGUGUAUGUAUGUAUGUGUGUAUGUACAUCUGCCGCGAAAAUGUUUCCACCGUCGUUGGUUUUAUAGAUGUGUCUCCGCGGUGGAUAGGCAUGUUUUUGUCGGCUUACGCGAGGACCUUGCCCCGCGCGGAUGUUCAUGCGCGGCGUUUGUGGACCCGACGGUGAGGUGUGGUUUGCACACACAAGAUUUGUCAGCAACUCAAAGGCUACGAUCUCAAAUAGCUAAUUAUACCAACAAGUGACAUUCCAGAAGCAGGUUUGCUUGACCACCAUGUCCUUCCUGUGGCCUGGUGCCCUCUCAUGACCCCAAUGACAUCAGCUCCACUUUUGACCCCAAACCCCUUCUACAACCCCCUGAGAAAAUACGUUAACUGAGCACGUGCAUAGGCUGCAGUGAGGUGGUCUUCCAAAUGCCUACCUCACGCCUAAAGAACAAAUCACUGCAGCCACAGCCCUGAUUAGCAGCCACCAUGACAUCAAGCAUGGGGGAUGAUUGUAGCAUCUUUGAUGGGUUGAUGGAAGAAGAUGAAAAGGACAAAGCAAAACGCGUGUCCCGUAACAAGUCUGAGAAGAGACGGCGAGACCAGUUCAAUGUCCUCAUCAAGGAACUCGGCACAAUGUUGCCUGGCAACACUAGAAAGAUGGACAAGUCCACCAUCCUGCAGAAAAGCAUCGACUUCCUGUGUAAACACAAAGAGAUUGCAGCUCAGUCUGAGUCAAGUGAGAUCAGGCAAGACUGGAAGCCUCCAUUUCUUAGCAAUGAGGAAUUCACCCAGCUCAUGCUGGAGGCUCUUGAUGGGUUCUUUAUAGCAAUAAUGACUGAUGGCAACAUCCUCUACGUGUCUGAGAGUGUCACUUCACUACUAGAACACCUCCCGGCGGAUUUGGUGGACCAGAACCUGUUAAACUUCCUGCCGGUUGGGGAACACUCCGAAGUGUACAAGGCUCUGUCCACACACCCCUCUGAGCUAGAGAACCUUAGCACUGAUUACCUAAAGUCUAAGAAUCACAUGGAGUUCUGCUGUCAUAUGCUGCGAGGGGCCAUUGACCCCAAAGAAUCCCCUGUUUAUGAAUAUGUUAAGUUCAUCGGCAACUUCAAGUCUCUCAAUAACGUUCCCAAUGUGACUAGGAACGGUCUGGCAGGGGUGUUACAGCGGUCGCUACAACCUGCCUUUGAUGACCAGGUGUGCUUUGUAGCCACGGUCCGGCUAGCUAAGCCUCAGUUUAUCAAGGAAAUGUGUACGGUGGAGGAGCCCAAUGAAGAGUUCACAUCGAGACACAGUCUAGAAUGGAAAUUCCUCUUUUUAGACCAUCGAGCGCCACCGAUUAUAGGCUACCUGCCUUUUGAGGUUUUGGGGACAUCAGGGUACGACUAUUACCAUGUGGACGACCUGGAGACGCUAGCGAAAUGUCACGAACACUUAAUGCAAUAUGGUAAAGGGAAGUCAUGCUACUACCGUUUCCUGACGAAAGGUCAACAGUGGAUCUGGCUGCAGACACACUACUACAUCACCUACCAUCAAUGGAACUCUCGACCUGAGUUUAUUGUCUGCACGCACACAGUAGUCAGCUAUGCAGAGGUGAGGGCAGAACAGCGCAGAGAGCUCGGCAUCGAGGAGGCAAAUCCAGAAGUCACUGCAGAUAAGAGUCAAGACUCUGGCUCAGAGUCACAGCUCAAUACGUCCAGCCUGAAGGAGGCACUGGAGCGAUUUGACCACAGUAGAACACCUUCGACUUCCUCGCGGAGUUCCCGCAAGUCCUCAUCGCAUGUGUCUGACAACACCUGCACUUCGACAGCUCCCAAGUUACACAUGGACACGGCCACGCCCCCUCGGCAAUCAUUAGCAUCCACCAUGGAGAUGACAUCACAGCGCCGGUCAUCUAUCAGCAGCCAGUCUAUGAGCUCUCAGACUACAGGGCAGAGUGUAGCUCCUGGUAUGAUCAAUCAGCAGCAGCAGCAACAACAGCAGCAGCAACAACAACAACAACAACAGCAACAGCAACAGCAACAACAGCAACAACAACAACAGCAGCAGCUCCAGACAAAUGUGCAGCCAGUGAUGGAGUUCUCAGCGCAGGUGAAUGCCAUGCAGCACUUAAAGGAGCAGCUGGAGCAGAGGACCAGAAUGAUCCAGGCUAACAUUCAGCGGCAGCAGGAGGAGCUCAGACACAUCCAGGAGCAGCUGCAGAGAGUCCAGGGGCAGGGUAUACAGAUGUUGCUGCAGCAGCAGGGUGGACCCAUGAAUGUACAGCUUCCUCAAGUAGGAUCAGUCCAGCAGACAACUACGUUGACCAAUCAGGUCCAGCAAACAAUCCAUUCGGGAACUCAGCAGCUCACCAUCCAGCAGCAGGCUCCUCCCACUCAACAGAGCUUACAACAGCAGACCAACACCCUUACGCAGCCCCAGCGUCAGACUCAGCAAGCUUCUCAGCCUCAGCCCCAACCUCAACCCCAGACCCAGGGCUCUGUAUCUGCUCCUUUAUACAACACAAUGAUGAUUUCCCAGCCAGGACAGCCAAAUGUGCUGCAGAUCAGCACCAGCCUGCCGCAGAAUAACACCCAGCAAGGCACAGCUGUGGCCACUUUCACCCAGGACCGACAGAUCCGCUUCCCAGCAGGGCAGCAGCUUGUGACCAAGCUUGUGACAGCUCCAAUGCAUGCAUGUGGUGCAGUCAUGGUUCCCACUUCUAUGUUUAUGGGGCAGGUGGUUACCGCAUACAACCCAUUUGGGAGCCAGCAGCAAGGGGGGCAGACCCAAACGCUGACUCUGCAGCCGGCCCAAGCACCUCAAGGACAACCAGACGGCCAAAACCAGACAGCUGUAGUGGCACAAAGCAACCAGCAGGGGCAGCAGCAACAACAGCAAUUCCUACAGGGCCCUCGUCUUCUCCACAACAACCAGUCUACGCAGCUGAUCCUGCAGGCAGCUUUCCCACUCCAACAGCAGGGAACCUUCACCCAGGCAACACAUCCACAGCAGCAACAGCAACUGCAGCAGCAACAACAACCGCAGCAACAGCAGCAACAACAAUCUCACCACCAGAGGCACCAGCAGCAGCUUAAACCACAGCCCCAGAAACAGCAGAAAGCCCCGUCAUCGCACAGGACUGACGCUGUCAGCAGCCAACAGCAGUGAAGCGAGGAGGGGAGUGUGUACAGCGAGAACAUGUGGGGAAUUGGAACUCUUAAGGGAUUGUUGCAUACGUUUGUUUUUUUUGUUUGUUUGUUUUUCCCCCCCCGAAAUCGUUCCUUCAUCUGAAAGAAACAAAUCAUAGGAAAGAGGAAAAUGAGUCCACAAGGAACUCACCAAAAGACUGUCACCAUGGCAACAGGAUGGAUUCAAAUCCCCAUUUCCUCUCAUGAGAAGCAGUGUUGUGAGGGAAGCUUCAGUUUCCGUGAAAACCUGAAUUAAUUACUUUAUGGUCACUUUUUUUGUUUUUUGUUUUUUUUCUGAGAAGCGUGUCAAAGCGAACUGGCCUUGUACAGAUUUACUGUAUGAUACAAACAAAAACUUGUAAAUAUCCACCAUAGCCUAACAGAAAACAGAAAUGUAGUAUUUUAUAUGAUUGCAUGGAAAAAAUAACUGUGUAAGCUUUUAUUAGUUGCUUUAAAAACAAACAAAAAAAAAACCAACAUAACUUUUUACUUUGGUCAAGUGUGGUCAAAGAUGGAGCACUGACUCCUCUUAGACCUCCCCGCUCUACCACCACCACCACCACCCCUCCCAGGAAAAAAAAAUUAAGUCCAGAACAAGGUUUUAAAGUUCUGAGUGUUUUAAAAAAUGGUUGGGCUUGGGUGUUUUUUGUGGAAGUUGUUUUUUGAACACUGUGUCUCUGAGACAAAAAAAGGCUCUCUUUCUAAUUACAGAUCAUGUUUGGCAAGAAACUAGAUUACAGUUUAACUGUAUUAUUUACAGGAUAAUUACUGUACAUAUGACGGGUUUAGUGAUUCCAAGUGCCAAUAACAUAGUCAAAAUUUUUUUUACUUUAAAUUUCAAACAGACUAUUCAAAGGCCUAUAUUUUCCAACAAGAUAUUACCCCUAUUAAAAUUAAUGCGUGUGUAUAUAGUAGGGAUUAUUUUUUAAAAGUUAAAGAGCCCUAUAUGUAACAAAACAGUAUAUCCUCAAGCUCCUCAACUUUAGCACUUAACGUGGUUGUGUACGAUAAAUCACUGUCGACCCUG